AUGUGGUCGAAUAAAACGGGAGAGAAAGAUUAUAUAAAGUUUCCUGAUGGAAUUGAUGAUGAAUUCAUUGAGGCUUUUGCUAGAGUACAGUGGUCAGUUUUGGCACCAGCUUUCGAGUCCCCUAAAUCGAGCUCUUUGCGUUGCAACUUCUACGAAUUCGACGAUAUGAUAAUACUUCCUAUCACAAACGUCUCAGACAAUAAACACCAGGGUGGUUUUGGAUUAGUCGAAAAAGUACAGUUACACGAGGAGCAUAAUGGUUUUAAACACUCACACUUUGCCCUAAAAACUAUUCAUUCUAUGAUGCCGUUUGAUUUGAAAGAUAAUUUUUUUCGGCAGGAGCUAGAUGCUUUUCAAAAAGCUAAGCCCCGUAGUCAUCUUAUAGAGGUCUGUGCUGCUUUCAAAAAAGGAGAGAAUUAUCACUUUCUAUUCCCAUGGGCAAAUGGAGGCACACUGAUUCACUUAUGGAAUAAACGUCCGCAAGAUAUUGUCACAGAGAAGCGGGUUCAAUGGUCAGAAUUUAGCCGAUGGAUUUGUGAGCAAUGCCAUGGCAUUUUUCGAGAUCUUUUAGGUAUCCAUGAGCCUCAAGGACAAUCUCAAAAAGAUAGAACGGCCGAUAAGGAGGACCUCUACUCAAUACACAGCGAUAUCAAGCCAGAAAAUAUCUUACACUUUACUGAAGAUGGUUCGCCACUGGGUUCGCUCAAGGUUUCAGACCUGGGCCUUAUGAAAUUCCACAGGCUCAUCUCCCGAACGGUGCAAUCCAAACCUAUGGGCGCCGCCUAUCAAACUUAUAGAGCGCCAGAACAUGAUAUGGGUAUGAUAAGAUCAAGGAAAAUUGAUAUAUGGGCAUUUGGCUGUCUCUUUGCCGAGUUCCUUACGUGGGCUAUCGCCGGCCAAGGUGGGAUUGAACAUUUCAAAACGAUGCGAGUGGACGAAGAUAGACACUUUCCUGAUAAAAACAAAGGCGAAUGGUUUGAAGACCAUUUCUUCACAAUGAGGACGGGACAACCAAGGCGGAAACAAUCUGUCGCAAAGUGGUUUGCAAACCUAGAUGAAGACUUGAGUAAAGAUACGUUCUUCUCACAGUUCUUUAGCUUUAUCCAAGACUCGAUGCUUCAUCCGGAUAGAAACGCUCGAGUAGAGUAUAAAGAUGUUGAAAAAUUCUUGGAGAGAUGCUUAGAAAAUCACGCUGACAGUUCAUUUUGGUUCCUUGACGGAAAAUUGACUGAAAAAUACAGCUAUGGCCAGCGCACGACAGGAUUAAGUACUUGGUCGCAAGAAUAG